AUGGGAUACGCAGCUCCUGAAUACAUCCAAUUGGGACGCCUCACAUCCAAAAGCGAUGUGUGGAGUUAUGGCGUUUUCCUGUAUGAACUCCUCACAGGUAGGUGGCCCCUGGACCGAAACCGGCCCAAGAACGAGCAAAAGCUCUUGGAGUGGGUGAAGCCGUACCUAUCAGAGAAGAGGUUCCAACAUAUUUUGGACCCCAGGCUGGAGGGGAGAUUCCGGCUAAGGUCAGCCCAGAAGCUUGCUAACAUAGCGAACAUGUGUUUGGUCAGAAAUCCAAAAGCACGUCCAAAGAUGAGUGAGGUGCUAGAAUUGGUGAACCGAGUGGUGGAUUCAUCGAUAGAGCCAUCGAGCCCUGAACGAAGCUUCAAGAACUCGGUGUCAAUGGGGAACAAGAGGAAAGCAGAUUCAAGUGCCCGACACCAUAGCAGUAGCAGGUGGUUCAUGGGAAUGUGCUCUCCAAGCCUUGUCAAAACAUGCUGA